UCCUCAGGUGCCGCCUACUCAACAACAACUUCCUCAACAAACAGCAACCCAUCCCCAACACCAGCAUCAUUACCCACAAUCUUCCGCCUAUCCUCCUCAGCCUCAUCAGCAAUCACCGUAUGGCGUGCCAAACUCUUCUACUACAAACAGAAAGAGUCCUAUACUGCAUCAGCCGCAACACAUGCAUUCAUCUUCCUACGGAUCGCAUAAGCACCAACAACAAUCAUCACAACCAUCUACAUGGAAUCCUUAUACCAGUAAUAACUCUUCUAGCUACUACGGUCCACAACCCCAUGGUCCUCCCCACCGCCGCCAUCGCAGUAUGAAUCGAGUCUCAACUUCUUAGAAAAAACCACCUCUGCCAUAAUCAAUAACCAAAACCAGAGUGAGUUCCAAACUUCUCUUAGUAACAUAACACGUUCGCCAACGCCCACCGACAACUUCAUGGAAUUCCAACCUAAAGUUGCUCCCGCUGGGAAGAAACCCGCAGCCAAAAAACCACCCAAGCAACCCAAAAACGACUACAACGCUGCCAAGAAGGCAUUGAACAAACGCAACAAUCCAUCCCCUUAUCUCCCGGUGUCAUGUUCUUCGGCGUCUUCAUCUCCGUCGCCGUCGCCUGCCGUCAUGAACCACAGUCAAAACAGCAACAGCAGUUCGCUCAGCGGAACACCUACUCCAGUGCCCCAGCAGCCCCCGCAGCAACAGCCAAAUUCAGCCUCUACACCGGCACCAUAUCCGGGAUAUCCGCCGGUGUCCAGUGGAAGUGCCGCAGGCUAUUACGAUCAGUAUUCCCAGCAGCAACCGAUGCAUCAAUCACCAACAGAUGCUUCGCCAGCCCUACCAGCUGGACCCAACCUGUACGAUGGACACGGCUCUCCGAUGAAUCCGCAACAGCAGCAGCCGUAUGGAGGCGCAGCAGUGCCAGCGUCAACGGUCUACAGUGGUUCAUCGUACACAUCUAGCAACAGCACAAACUCAUCUGUGAAUCGUUCAAACUACUACCAAUCGCCGCCGACAUCCGUGUCAACCGCUAAUACCGUUAUGUCCUCAUCGACGGUUCCAACUGAUUCAUCUAGUUAUUACCACCAGCAGCAGCAAUCAACAACAGCACAACAACCUCAGCCCAGCCAGGUAAGAAGUCAUUCCCGUGGUUCCUCAUCUCACGGUUACGCGCCUCCACCGGUUCCUUCGGCACAUCAACCGAAUCAGCAGCAGCAAAACUAUCAGACACCUCCCGUGGGCACAGCCAAUCCCGCUGAUGCGACUUCGAGCUACCAACAUCUACAAUCAUCUGCCAGCCCUCCACUUUUACUCCUUAUUCUUCGUAUAACAGCACUGCUCCGAGCAGUGCACCAGCCACCACACAAGCAGUUAGCUCUAAUGGUUCCGCUUUCCAUCGUCCGGAGAGUGCUGCUCCUGUAGGCAAUGCGGCCGGUUCCGCUGCCGGCAGUUUCGAAAGUCCUCCGACGUACAUCCCCGACAACGGCGCCAAUCCCUAUCAGUAUCCCUACCAGGCGCAGGGAUACCAAACCCAAGGCUAUUACCCUCCUCCUGCGUAUCCUUACUAUCCGGCGGCGGGGGCUCCGUACUCUGCCGGAGAUCCCCAGUACCAUUCAUAUCCACCGCCGCCACCUCCCUCGAACUACAACUAUCCUCCGUAUCCUAGUCAACCUGGCGUCGGUCAGUGGCAGUAAUUGCGUGCUGGUAAAUUAAGACGAUGGUUUAAGUAGAAUCUACUGUAGAAGUAUAUUCUUGUAGGUAUUAAUAUCUGUUGAUAAUGCUCUCUGCAAUAUCGUCUGGAUGCUUCCUGUUCCUUUAAGUUAUUAUGAAUGCCAAUAUAAUAUAAAAUGUUUACUAAGUAAAACAUCAAGAAGUAAAGUAUGAUAGGUAAAAAUUGUAGAUAUGCAGCUGAAUGUGUAUGAUGCUCUCUAUUUUUGUAUACAAGUUUUCAAGUGAAUUAUUUUUUUUAUUAUUUUUAUAGAGACUUAUUUUUAUGCUUUCUUUAUAAAUAAACCAUACGUUCCUAUACUGAAAACAAGCAUUGAAAAUUGCUAUGAUAGAGAGAAAAUCAACUAUAAAAUUAUUAUCGUCGAAGGCUUAAUGAUGGCAGUAGCUAUAAAUUAGCGGUUGAUAAAACAAUAUUUGUCAAUGAAUACAUUUAGACAAUUUUCUAAAUUGAACCUUAUAGUGUAAAAAUAUUUUACGAACUAGUUUUCCGUAUUUCGCAAAACAAAAGAAAAUAUUUAUGAUUUUCGGUUCGUUGAUAUUGACCUUCUAAUUUGCUAACUUGAAUUGAUAGAUUUGAAGAAUAAAAAUUAGUGGAAGUUGCGUCUUUCGCAUGAUUUUUAUCUAUGGUUUUCUUUUGUGCUCAAUUUUGUCCAGAAAAUAGUUUUUAUAUCAAUAAUCGAGUUUGAAACAUGACAAUAAUAGGAAAGGCCCUUCUCAAGCCGCAUUCUUCCUAUCAGAAUCAUGUUCUCAAUCUUUUAAAUAAUGAUCGCAAGUCCAUUUGCAAAAUUUGCUAUGUUGGUUAUUUUUGUGUUAAAUUUAGACAAAUAUUUCAUAUUUCGUGUAGAUUGCGAUCGCAAAUGCAACAUUGAUCAGGUUUGAAUUUCUGAUCCACCUUUCAUUGUGAUUCGUUGUUGAGCUACGCUUAUAUCAGAAAAAAUCUUCCACGUGCUUUGAAUAAAAUGGUCGACAUCUUGAAACGAAACUUUUUCUAAAACAAUAUCUGUGUUGGAAGCAUUCAAAAAUCUAUUUUUUGCUCAAUUAGAUAGGUGUCGAUUAAAGCAACAGCCCGCUCCAUAUUAUAAACAAUUUCUUCUAUCUCCGCGAGAUUGUCUCUGCAACGAAAAAUCUAUCGUAGUUUGGUUGGAAAAUUCGAUCAACUAAAAUUGGAACAUGAAUUAAUCAGUUUUUGUCUUGCAUUAUUCGUUAUCCUACGAUUCUCAUAUUUCAGUGAUAUUUUGAAAAAUAUAAAAAGAUAAUGCAUGGAAAUUUUCCUGCAUAAAACAGUGCAAUCUAUUUUUGUUGAUUUUCUGUAUGUAAAUUUUAUGUAAAGCUGUUUAUUUUUUCGAUAGAUAUUUAUAUGUAAAGAAGCCAACAUAGAUGUUGUGCUAGAUACUGGCACAAUAAAUAAACAAAUUGAUAAAAUAAUAGAUGAAGAUGAAUACGCUAUUUGUCAACCUAUAGAAACAAAAAAAAAUCAUUCAAGAACAAACAAAUCGGUAAUGCUUCAAAGUAGUGUUUCAAACAAACGAACUAAAAACUAUUCCUAAUCGAAUUAUAAUAAUACCGAUAAUAGCCAAACAGCAAUGAGUGUUUUAUCAAGUAGCAUCAUUUUAUCUACGAUCGUAACGUAACAUAUUGACAAAAAAACAGCCGAUGUUAAGAAACUUGCAAUACAUUAUUAUUUAUGAUCAAUCCUCCAACAAACCCAAUUUGCACGCUGCCCUGAAACGGCAUUAUCAGCAAUGCAUUUAACAGCUAUUCAAGUCGUUUGUAGAAUCUAAACCACCUAGUUAUAGUAGGAAUUGCUGAAUGUUCGCGUUACAGAUAAAACUUUUGUCAUUUUUUAUACCAGUCAAAACAGAUUUGCAACAAAAUUAGUACACGUAAAAUCAGGACAGUUCACAUUUUCAGCAUUAUUACCAUAAGCUUUCUAAGGAGAUUAACGAUUUAUAAAACAUUUGUUUGUUCUAUUGUUAAUUCCUUGUAAGCUUAUGACUUCUUCUUCAUAUCGAUAACUGUUAAUUUGCUUUUACAGAAUGAUUUGUUUGUAUGAUAAAUAGCUCUUUUGUUCAUGAAUCAUAAUCAAUUGAUCAUGCGAUCAACGUGCUGGAGAACAGUAUUACACUUCCAAAUUGUAAAAAAAUAGGUUUUGUACAAAACAGGCGAGGAUCUGGAAUCUGAGACUACCAGUACAAAUCGAUUAGAUUUGUGUAUCAAUAACUCGCAACCGCUUCGUUUGAAGGUAAUUUGUUCUGGGAACAUAUUCUGUAUAGGUUUUGUUAAAAAAUGAGUUGAAAUUUUCUUCCACUACUAUUGCGUUAUCGAUCUGGAUUCGAGUAAUUUUAUAAUUUUUAGUACAAUAGAUAUGUCUUCAAUGUUUAGCAAGCGUAUAAAUCGUGUAAUGGAUUGUUCUGCGAGAAGAAUGAAGCAUGUAAGAAGGAUAAGUCCCGUCAUGCGUAUUACGUGGGAUUUAUGCAGGACUGUGUAUGAUAAUUUUAAUCAAUGCGGUAUAAAUUAACUGAUAUUGACUAUGAAAAUACUGAAAACAAUACUAGCGUAAUGUAUGAAUCAUAAUACAAAGUAUUUGAAAAAUUAA